GAAGAAAACAUUUUGUUCUGAACUUUAUGUUCUCGUCUUGAUUACUUUUUAAAUCGAAUUCGAAUAAUAGAAUAGAUUAGUUUCACAUAAUAGCUAGUACAGUGAAAUUUAAUCGUCUUCCAAAUUUACAAUUCCUCCUAAGUUUGGAGUUCCCAAGUUGCUAAGGGUUGUCUAAGUAUGGACAGCAACAAAAACAACUUUUUUUCAGAAAAGCUAAAAGAACAGGUAACCGAAUCAUUCGACCGCCUACGGAAAGCAUUGGAUUUGCGAGAAAAAUUAUUACUAAGGCAACUAUCGGUAGUGGUGCAGCAGUCCCAACAUGUUACAUUCCAGUUUGACAAUAUAAAAUUUGUCGACAGUGGGGAAGAUGAUCUCGUGUCCGAAAUUCGAACGUAUGGAAGAUAUAAUAUCGAUAAUUUCAAUAUUAUAUUGAAAGAUCCUUACGAAAAUGAGGACUAUAUACAACCGGUUGAGGACCACGAUAUAAUGCACAAGAGCUGUCGGAGAGAACCUCCAUGUGAUGAAGGAACUGAUACUACAGAAUGUGAGGAAAUCCUGGCAGAAUUUUUCAGCAACAAAGGUCUUAUAAAAGAGGGCGCAGAAAUGGUGCGCGAAUCGAUCAUAAACUUAGCACUUAAUGAAAGUAAGGAGCUAAUCAAUAAAAGCUUCCCAGUAGAAAUUGGGCAGUUACGAGACGAUAAUGCAGAGUGUUUGAAAAUUGAUUUAACUAGCUCUCGGAAUCGAGAACGUACAGUAGUGAAUUCAACAUCAUUCACAGAUGAAGAUAAAAAAGAUGUAGACAUUAGAAAUAACAAUCGACAGAACGAGAUUUUUGGAAUUGAUUCUGCAAGAGUUACACGCCAACAACAAAUGAUUACAAAAGCUUCUCAAACAGAACUGGACAAAGCGGGUAGACAUAGCAGUGGUGGUAUAUCAAGCAGUAGUGGUUCUGAUCGCAGUCUUAUUUUCAAAAGCAGCAAACAAUAUUUAGAUAAAACGGUAAAGAAUGUAAACAGUUUAACUAUGAGCAAUUGUAGCGGCACAAUAAAUUUGGAGAAUGUUACUAAUCUAACAAUCAACGCAUGUCCAGAUAUACCAACUACCAAAUCACCGAAAGAUGUUUCACGUUGCUCAUCAGUGGAAGGAAGUCCAGAAUGUGGUUUUUACAAACGACUUAUUACCGAGAACAAAAUUCUUCGUCAACACAUUCUAAAUACGAGUCUGGCAAACGUUAAUAUUCCACAUUCCCAUGUAUUCUCGUCUGUUUCGAAGUCUCCAGAGACAGAUCCCUCCGUGGAAUUGGUUAAUUCCAGUGAUGGUGAUACUCAGUCCGAAUGUAGCAAACCCCAAAGACCUCCACUUACAACAGCAGAACUGCGAAACAUCCUGAAUUUGCCACACCAAAACGACACUCUUACUCAAGUUUUGGGUGAUCUCUUUGCCUUGGCGUCGCCCACCACGGCUGUGGCUGCGGCAGCAGCUGCAGCAGCAGCAGUUAGCAAUGAAUCUUCAAAAGAGCACACGUUGCAAAUUCAACAGUGGCUCAAACAAAUCAUAUCCGAAACGGAAACAGAGCCACAGCAGAAUGUCGAGCUGAUGGAAUUUAGCCAAAUAAAUAACUAAAAAUAACCGUAAGUAGAAUGGUACUAUCCUGACCGUAUGUUUCUGCGGCACCGAAGACGAUGCGUAUUAAUUGUCUAAGUAUAAUGACAAAUAAGCAUCAUAAAAAUGUCCAUAAAUCAAAAUUGUAUAAAAAAGUUAUGACCACAAAAUUCAAAGGUAGUGCUUGGUUGUCUAACAAUCAUCGAACCUCGAUUAUUAUAAUAUUGGCACAUAUUAUUUCAAAUAUUUCAAGAGAAGUACACAUAUAUUGUAUCACAAGGGAUUUUCCCUAUACACAAAACAUCGUGCAUAAUCAAUGUAAAACUAAACCUUAUCCUGUAAGCAAACGAGCAUACUUCAAGAGGCAUUCCUGCACCGUUCCGUUUUCUAUGCAGGAAGACAAAUCUUGUCUUAACACGAACAACUUUAGAUGAAACUCGUAAAAAUCUCGAAUAAGUGGGAUUUGAAAUAUUUUCUAAUCAUUCCAUCACCAGUUUUUUUAACGAUUCUUCUGUAAGUUCAUACUGUAGUCGGUUAUGAAAAGAGUAUUUUAAAUUAGAUAAAAAUAAACAAAAAACAACUUAUGAUUCAGAUUUUUUUUCUACGAUAACUCAGACUUAGAAUCUCAAUCAAAAAAGGUAUUUUAUAGAAUGAUCAAUCCUGUUUUUCAUACAAUGAUAGCAAAAAAUAUCUUUUUUAAUAUAUCCUUUUCUACGGCCGACCUGUACAUGUAUACCUCAAUCUAUUUAAGUAGUUUAAGUUUUAUUUGUUAAAAAAAUAAACACUUAACAGUAUGCCUAUUUUUCAAUGGUUGCAUACGUGCUAUUAUUUAAAUUGCUUCUGUUUCUGGAAUAUUUUUAUUUUUUUGUCAUAAUUUAGUGAUUACCAAUUUUUUUUAUCAAUUUCUUAUUUACUUUACAUCAGGGGUGAAAAUAAGCAAAUUUUUUGAUUGACAGUAAAUAAAAAUAGUUAGUAUUAUCUUUUCAUAUUACAUAUUUAUUGUUAGAUAUAAUAAAUUUUGAAACGAAUGAUUUUUGAUUUUGAUAAAUUUUGGUUUUACUUAAAAUUUCUAAAGGUCUUCAAUUUCAUUUCCAUUUUAAAAACAUCGUCGCAAUUUUAGUUUUGUUACCCAAUUUUUUAAUUCACGGUGUUCGGUUUUUUGAUUCACAAUCGGAAAUCUUGAUUCAAAUGUUCAUGCGCAAAAUGGGCUUAUUUCCACCUCUGCUUUACAUAAUACUUUUCAUCGCGUUGUUGGAACAUGACGGAACGAAUAAUAUAAUUCCCAGUCACGCGAUUCUCAACCGUCAUUCUUCGAGUCAAGAUUCUCUACUGAGCAUCUUUUCCAUUACCCAUACUACACUUUACUACCGAGUAUUGAGGGCAGAAUUUUUCUCCAAAACACACCGAGUACUCGAGAAUCUAGAGCCGCAUUAUAAAACUCGAAACAAGUGUUUGUAAACGGUGUUUUUAAGAGCUUACUGAUUUGAAAUUUACAAAAAAAACGACAUUUUUUCGUCUGGUAGAUAAUUGCUUGGCAUUUAUUAACAUUUAAAUAUCGAUCCGGACAUAUUGGCUCCUCGACUAUUUUUCACAAGGGUCAUUCUGGAGGUACAAUUUUCGACCACUUUUUCAAGCGUUUAAGUGCGUAUUUCAGCAAUGACACGUUGAAUAUUGGUUUCCAAAGCAUUGAACGUUGCUGGUUUAUCCAUCAAUGACUUCACGUGUCCCCUAAAAAAAUAUUCGAGUGGCUUCAAAUCACACGAACGCGGAGGCCAAUAAUAUCAAUAAUAUCAAUAUCGUCCGCAAAGCUAAAAUGUGGUGAGACUUAUUUCUCUGCACCCCUGAUCUUUGUAAACAACCAAUUAGAGCGUGGAUCACGUGCUUCAAUCCAUUCAACGUCACAAAUACAUCACGUAUCACCCUAUCACCAAGUAUCUUGACGCUUAGUUUUGAUCCAUCGAAUGUCACGUGGACCAACCUCCACACUAAAUUAGUAUUACCGAGUUUUAGCGUUAUUUUGCUGCAGUUUGCCGAGUUGGUAUUCCAGUAAAUACAUCCAACAAAAACUGUUAGCUGACGUUUCAUCAACUCACAACUCAAAAUUUCACUGAAAAAUCAGUAACUAAUUAUCUUCUUUGCUGAAGAUUUCAACACAGAAUUAAAUGACAGCAUUUUAUUAAAAUUUCAGUCAAUACUAUGUAAAUAAUGAACGAUUUGGCAUUCAUUCAUUCAUUGCUUAUUACUGCAUUUACAGUAAACAAUGUUUCACUGAGUUAGUUACAGCAAUUCAUUUUGCUGAAACAAAAUACGAAAAAUUGGUGUGUAGAAAGCAUUGUCGGAAAGCUAUGUUUCAGCAAUUCACAGUCAUUGUCUGUUGUAAAAUCUACAAACGCAAGUUGAGCAUCUGGUCCGUUGUUAAUAGUCUUUCAGUAUUUUGAAGGCAUUUAAUAUUUUGUUCUAGUUCUUAAUUAGCUAUAGACUUUACUUUAACGGGCAUUUGGUAAAAGUUUGCUAGAACGAUUCGACACAAGAUUUUUUUUCUCGCGAAAUAUCGAAAUUGCUCGCACUAACGGCUCUCGUCAAAAUUGGUUAACUACAUUGAAAAACUCAAGCAAUUGUCAAGUGUUUGUACAACAUAUACGUCGCCUAAAUCUUCAUAAAUAUUGUCUCUAUGUUGGCAGUAUCUAUUUCGUAAAAAUAAUGACGUUCUUCAUUUGUUUUUUUUUUUAAUUUUAUUUUUACAUUGAGCUCGAUAAUAAUGACUUUAAAAGUUUAAAUUGUGAUUUUUUGUUAUCUUGUGUUUGAAGAAUUAAGAAUAUUAUUUAGAAAUGUAUAUAAUAACUUAUAAUCACAAAAAUCUACAUCAUGUACAUAAAUCGAAACGAAUAUUACAUAAUAGUGCUUAAUUUAUAUAUUGGGAAAACAAUAAUAACAUAUUUAUUAAAUAAAUUUUCAUGAUACCAUUGCUUCUACAAUCGUAAAGCUAGCGUGAUAAUCAAUACAGUGAUAUUGAACGCAUUUCAACCGUACGAACCAAGAACGCCACCUUGACAAGUUAAAACGUAUCAAAUUUCAGUCCUAUUAUGGUUUCAUAUUGCUAUGCUAAUAAAGAUAAUUAUCGUACAUAGAAAA